AUGCUGCGAUGGGCCUUAGCAUUAUUGUUGCCGCUCUUCCUGCAUAAUGUGGCCGCACAGCAGCAUGAUGAGGAUCUCAUGUCCUUUGUGACGCUUCCUCAAAUACGAGCCUUGAAAUUCGACGUCCACUAUCAGGAUCGCGACCGUGUGAGUCCUGGCUAUUGGUUCGUCGCUCCCUAUGGUCAGAUCGAGCCCGAAGCGCCGACCCAUCGAUUCGAACAAUAUCAAGUUGGACCGUAUAUCUACGAUGGCGACGGCACUCUCAUCUGGGCCGGAUCGCCCAUGUUCGAUAAUCGGAACGUUUUUGAUUUUAAAGCGGUCUACAGUAUCGGGGAUCAGCCGCAUCUAUCGUUGGUUUGGCAGCACUCAUGGGACUAUGAAGACCAGGGCCAUGGUGUGAUUCUGAAAAACAACUAUGAGAUUGAAAACGUGCUCCCCUUUCGUCCAGAUUUGGGCUCCUUUGAUAUUCACGAAUUCAAUAUUCUUGAUGACGGCAAAACUGGCCUGGCGAUGACAUAUCGAGAGCAAGAGAUCAGUCUGGAGGAUUUUGGGCGCCCUGAAGAGCGAACGUCAAUCCUGAGCGGUGGAUUCGUGCGGCUGGAUAUCAACACCGCGGACGUCUUGUUCGAAUGGGACUCCCUCGGCCAGGUUCCCUUACACGAGUCGGUCCACUAUGGCCCCGACUCGCCGCUGGAAGGGCCUCCCGGCUGGGACUAUGUGCAUGCGAACUCGGUCGACAUGAAUGAUGCGGGAGACUACAUUGUGUCCUUUCGCUUCACCAACACCAUCUACAUGGUCUCGGGGGUGGACGGACGCAUUCUGUGGCGGCUCGGAGGCCAGCAGAGCGACUUUGUGCAGGAUUUUACCUUUUCCAAGCAGCAUGACAUCAAAUUCGUCGAGUCCGACGGCACUCACCACAUCAUCUCCUUUCUCAACAACGCCUCCGACGAGGAUACAAAUGACGAGCCCGUUUCCUGCGCUCUGAUUGUGGCGCUCGACACCGGCGUACAACCCAUGACGGCCAAGGUCAUCCGGCGCUACAAUCGCCCUGACGGGGGGCUGACCCGGCUGCGUGGGAACGCGCAGCUGCUGCCCAACAACAACAUUUUUGUCGGCUGGAGUGAACGUGGGUACAUCACCGAGUUUGCGCCCGAAGGCGAGGUGCUGCUCAGUGCGAUGUUUAACUCGACUCGCUUCUCGACCUACCGUGCCUAUAAGUUCGAGUUCACCGGCCGGCCCAACACGCCUCCUGACCUCGUCGCCUCAGUUGCCGGGACAGACGCAUCCGAUCUCGCGACGACGUUUUAUGUCAGCUGGAACGGGGCCACCGACGUUGCGCGCUGGAAAUUUUACGCGCGCGCCGCAGCCAACGCCCCGCCGGUCCUCAUUGGAAACACCACCAAAACGAAUUUUGAGACCAUUUAUACCGCCCACGGAUACCUGGACUGGGUCUCCGCCGAGGCGGUUGAUCACGCCGGCAAUGUCCUGGGGGUCUCGCGGGUUCAUCGGAGCCGCGUGCCAGGCGACUGGGCCGCAGCCGGGUUUAAGGGCGAGGUGGCAGAACUGCAUCCUGCCGACCCGUACACUUUGUACUCGCAAAAAGAAGCCGACCAGCAAGGCACGACCGUCCCUGCUGGCGUCGAUGAAGCAGAUACAAGCGGUAACAGCAGUAUCACUCCUGUCGACACGACUGCGGAGGAGGCCCUCCGGAUGGCGCACGAGACGUAUGAACUGGUCCGGGACUUUGGAGCUCUGUUGACGGCUGUGCUGGUCCUGUGUUUCGUCGCUGGGAUUGCAGCGUGUGUGUAUAUGGUGCUCCAUCGACCGCGCAGGAAGUCAUAUCAGCAUGUUCCGAGCGAGGAGGGGCUGCCCGAGGAGCAGAUCCGGCUUCAGUCUACGACUCAUGAGUGA